AUGGAGGACAGCUACAACGCCAGUUCUCCAACCCGCGUGGCCAUCGAUGCCGGCCUCGUGGCGUUGACCAUUGCAGCCGCAGUGCUCUGGAGACAGAGUGCCCGCGCUGCUCCGGAGCCCCACCCGCUGACGAUUACGAUGCCAACCGAACUGGCUACCAACCCCAAACUGUCGGGCGGAGAGCCAAACGAGGUCGGCCUACUGAUGCCGGACAACUACGAGGAGAAACAGCAUACAGCUUUCGGAGGUCCCCGCAGCCUCGUCUCUACGCCCAUCAAUAAGAGAAAGAAGCGUCAGUAUACGCUACCCCAACGCCCUAGCCCUGCCGUGGCAGGGCCCAGCCACAUCGACCGCCUCCCCACCGAGCUUCUCCAUGAAAUCUGCUCCUAUCUACCUACCACCGCCGUCAAGACCUUUCGGCGUCAGAACAAACGCUUUGCGGAUAUCGGCGCCGAAUACCUCUUCAACUUGGUGGUAGUCCAUUUCUCCGAAAAGAGCUUUGACAAGCUCCGCUUCAUCGCCUCGAAUCCAGAGUGGGCCAAAUCUGUCCGCACCAUCACCAUCGAAACACCCCUCCGGUGCAUGCCCCCAGCCUUCCAGAACGAGCUGCGCGCCGCAUGUCAGCGUGCAGUAAGGGAAUAUGCGCCUUUCGUACCCACCGCGCGCUCUGAGGCUGCGGACUGGUCGGAAUCGGAUAUGGGAGUGUUGGCUCACAUCUUCUGGGAGGAGCCAGACUUUUUCGAGAGGCUGCAGUUGGCGAGCUGGAAGAAGGAUUGGUUGGAGAGAAGAAUGGCGCAUCAUCGAGACAAGAUGGACUGGGAGGAGGCCAACAUGGAUUGGUGUGAGUGUGAACCGAAACAGGUGUGGGAAAUGGGGUUUGAGCGGCUAGAGGAGGUGCGGAUGUUUCGGAAGAAGCAUAAGGCUUUGUCUGAGUGCGAAUCAUACCAUGUUUUGAAAGAAGCGUAGAUGGCGGUGAGAAGGCUAGCUGCCAUCUGGAAAGCCCAUUGCCGGGCACAAAAGACAGGGCGGACUCAUAAAGUACAGUCUCCAGUUUAUUACGAGCGAACGAUGGAUUACCUGGCAGAGAUUUUGUUUCAAGACAGAUGGGUUCUACUCCCUCUCAUUUGUAUAUUCUAGUAUUAGAAAUGCAUGUCUCUCAGCCUUCCUUGUUGGGAUACACGCACUUACUCAAGCG